GUCUAGAUGAUUCACAAAUUAUGAAACCUCUUGAUUCAGAAGUUAACAGUAUCUCUGAAAUUAAUUCUCUUUUCUCUUUCACCUAUUACAUAAAAGCACCUUCUAUAUUGCGUAUGCUACACCAUACAGUGGGUGAUGAAAUUUUUCAAAAAGGAAUUAAAGCGUAUAUGAAAAGAGAGAUGGGUAGUCUGGAUGAUUUUUUGAUUGUAAUGCAAUCUAGUCUAUGA